AUGUCUUCAUUAAUACUUCGAUUUAGAUCGAAGGAAGGAAUGCAUAGAAUUAAUACUACUCAAUCAUCAAAUUUUCAAUCAAUAGUUAACGAUUUAUUACCAAAAUUAUCAAAUCAAAAUUUAGAAGAAAUUAUACUUUCAAAUAAUCCAAAUUCAAAUAAUGAAUCAAAUUCUAUAAAAUUAUCAUCAAUUUUAGACAAAACUGUUAGUGAAUUAAAUCUAAAGAAUGGUGAUUUAUUAUAUAUUACAUAUUUAAAUAAUAAUGAACCAACUCAUUCAAAACAAUUAGAUUCAAUACCUAUAAAUUCAACAACUACUUCAACUACAAAUAUAUCAACAAGUCAUGGACCAUUAACUCAAAUUAAACAAUUACCAGUAGAUGAUGAACUAGAUAAAUUAGAUGGAAUGAUUCAAAGACCAAUAUCAUCAAUGUGUAGACAUGGACCAAAAGGAAUGUGUGAAUAUUGUUCACCAUUAUCACCAUGGGAUGAAAAUUAUAGAAAAGAAAAUUCAAUAAAACAUAUAUCAUAUCAUUCAUAUUUAAAUCAACAAAUGACAAAAUUUAAUAAAAAAGAAUUAAAUAGUUCAUAUAUUGCACCUUUGGAAAAUCCAAAUUACAAGAUUGAUUUAAAUUGUAAUGAAGGUCAUAAACCUUAUCCAAAGGGUAUAUGUUCAAAAUGUCAACCAUCACCAAUAACAUUACAAUUACAAAAAUUUAGAAUGGUUGAUCAUUUAGAAUAUUCUUCACAUACAAUAUUAAAUGAAUUUAUAAAUACUUGGAGAAAUUCAGGUUAUCAAAGAUUUGGUUAUUUAUAUGGAAGAUAUGAAAAAUUUGAUAAAGUUCCAAUGGGUAUAAAAGCAGUAGUUGAAGCAAUAAUUGAACCACCACAAAAUGAUGAAAUUGAUGGAUUAACUUUAUUGAAUAAUUCAAAUUGGGAAAAUGAUGAAAAAUUAAUUGAUUCUAUUGCUUCACAAUUAGGAAUUUAUAAAGUUGGUAUUGUUUUCACUGAUUUAACUGAUUCAGGAAUGGGUAAUGGAACAGUAUUAUGUAAAAGACAUAAAGAUUCUUAUUUUUUAACAAAUUUAGAAAUUAUAAUGAGUGGGAAAUUUCAAAUUUCCAACCCCAAUAAAACAAAAUAUAGUUCAAAUGGUGAAUUUUCUUCAAAAUUUAUAACAUGUGUUAUAUCUGGAGGUAUAAAUGGAGAAAUAGAACCAAGAUCAUAUCAAGUAAGUAAUAAUGGUGAAUCAUUAAUUAAAGCAGAUUUAAUAACUGGUUCAACUCAACCUUCACAAAUUUUUGUAAAUAAUUCAAAUGAUACACGUUAUGUUCCAGAUAUAUCAUUUAGUAAAAUUAAUGAAUAUGGAUUAGAAAUUAAAACAAAUGCAAAACCAACAUUUCCUGGUGAAUUUUUAUUAGUUUCAUUAACUGAUUCAUUUCCAUUAGAACCAAAUCCAAUGUUUAAUUCUAAAUCAUAUAUAAUUGAAAAUAGAGAAUUUUUAGGUGAUAUAAAUAAAGAUUUUCAAAAUUUAUCAACAUUAUAUAAAUAUUUAAAAAAUCAAGCGUCUGAUAUUUUUGAUUUUCAUUUUUUAAUUUAUAUUAUUAAAUUAAGGAUUCUUAAUGAUGAUGAAGCAAGAUUAUUAAUUGAUUAUAUAAAAACAAGAGAUAUUUCAAAAUAUAAUGAAUUAAUUAAUACUGGUGGUUGGUUAAGUUUAAUUACAAUUUUAGAACAAAGUUCGUAA